UCCACGAACAAUACUUCAAAUCUGACGUUUCGAAUUCAAACAUUCGCAUACUUUUCCUAUAAGUAGAUUAAUGAUGGAGUCUCAUUUAAACACAAAAUCAUCGUCAUCAUUCAAUCAUGAAGAGUCCUAACAUUUCCACACUCUCAUUCAUUCUUGUUCUUCUUCUCAUCUCUUUGUCCUCUCCCGCAGCUUCUGCUGCCUAUAAGCACCGAGAUUUUCUUGAAUGUCUAACCCAACAAUUCAAGAACUAUUCUUCGAUUUCAAGCAACGUUUACACCCCCACAAACACAUCAUACUCUUCCGUUCUUCGAUUUUCCAUCCAAAGUUUAAGAUUCACCUCAGAUUCUACUCCAAAACCGCUCGUAAUUUUACAACCAGAGUACGAAUCACAAAUCCCACCCAUCAUCUGCUGCGCCAAAUCGAGUGGCUUGCAGAUCAGAACUCGAAGCGGCGGCCAUGACUACGAGGGACUAUCUUACGUCGCGCAAGUCCCGUUCGUCAUCCUUGAUUUGAUCAAUCUCAGUGAAAUCAAAGUUGAUGCCGCGGAGAAAACCGCAUGGGUUGGAUCCGGUUCAACAACCGGUUCUGUGUAUUACAGAGUCGCAGAGAAAAGCCCGGUUUUAGGGUUUCCGGCCGGUUCUUGCACGACAAUUGGUAUAGGUGGGCAUUUCAGCGGAGGCGGCUACGGAACGUUGAUGCGAAAAUAUGGCCUGGCUGCAGACCAGGUGAUCGAUGCAAGAAUAGUCGACGUUAACGGCAGAAUUCUCGACAGAGAAUCAAUGGGCGAAGAGCUGUUCUGGGCGAUCAGAGGCGGCGGAGGCGCCAGCUUCGGCGUGAUCCUUGCAUGGAAGGUGCAAUUGGUGGAUGUUCCAGAAAAAGUCACUGUUUUCAGCAUUGGCCGAACUCUGGAGCAAAAUGCUACUCAAUUAGUUGAGAAAUGGCAAUCCAUCGCCCCCAAACUCGACCACGAUUUGUUUGUGAAUGUCAUCCUAGUCCCGGAAAAUCUGAGUCCCGCCCAACAAGGAAGGAACAAGACGAUUCGUGCUAUAUUCAAUUCACUUUUCCUCGGCGGGAUCGACAGAUUGCUGCCGUUGAUGCAAGAGAGCUUCCCUGAGUUAGGGUUAGUGAGAGAAGACUGCACCGAGAUGAGCUGGAUUCAAUCCAUCUUAAACUUCGCCGGCUUCCCCAUAGAUUCACCUGAAAUGCUGUUGAACAGAACUCAACCCGCAGUGAGAUACUUCAAAGCCAAAUCCGAUUAUGUGCAGAAACCGAUUCCUGCAUCCGGGCUUCAAGGCGUGUGGAGGCUGAUGUAUGAGCCGGAAGCCGACCAGUCUUUGCUCAUCUUCAGCCCUUACGGUGGAAGAAUGGACGAAAUCCCUGCUUCCGCCACUCCAUUUCCUCACAGGGCAGGAAACCUUUACAAAAUCCAGCAUUUGGUGUAUUGGGAUGAAAGCGAGAAUCAAGAUUCGGACAGCUACAUAAGUUGGAUGAGAAGGCUCUACAGGUACUUGGCUCCUUAUGUGUCGAGCUCGCCCAGAGCUGCAUACCUCAAUUACAGAGAUCUCGACAUUGGAGUCAAUAACCCUUAUGGAAAAACAAUUUAUGCACGAGCGAGCAUUUGGGGCAAGAAAUAUUUCAAGAAUAACUUUGAUCGCCUUGUUCGUGUGAAAACUAUGGUUGACCCACACAAUUUCUUCAAGAAUGAACAAAGCAUUCCGCCAUUGCGCUGAAAAUCAAGACAAAUGCUUGAGGAUUGAUUGUUAUAUAUCUUUGCUUUAAUUAUGUAUUGAUAACCGUUUGAUGUUAGUAUUUUGUAAGAAUGAAGAUUUGUAAGGUUCCUGUAAUGUUGUAGUGAUAUUAUUGAUUCGUAAGAGUAAUAUCUGUUUGAAUGCGGUAGCAUAUAUGUUCUUCCUUCUUGAAACUAGAUUUAAAAAAGAAACAAUAGGGCCGGAUGGCCCUAUUAAUGAUUGAAACUUAAA